AUGGAUCAAAUUGAAAUCAGAAUCAAACAUAAGAUUUUCAUUCGGAUUUGCAGAAGAAGGGAGAGCACCGCCUCCAGCUUUCCUUCUUCUGCCGCUUCACCUUCCCCUCUGCCCGUUCGACUCUAUUUUGCUCAGAGGGAGGGCUUCAUCGGCGCCGAAAACAAGGUACGGUCGUACGAGGAGGGCGAAGGCAUCGCGUACGGAAGCAGAGGCUUACGUGGAGCGAGUCGGAGGAUGAACAUGCUAGUUGCGGCGCUGAAAGUCUCAGAAACCCUAGGGUUUCUCUUUGUUCCAGUUUUGGGCCAAGGGUAUUUAGUUGGUUUGGGCUUGUAAGGCAAUUGGGCUGGGUUGUAUUUGGUCUGUAUGAUUUUAGGCUUGUAAUAUGGACUGAUGGACUUUUAAUUAUGCUUGGUUA